AUGUCGACAGCCUGGACCAACUCAUGGAUCGCUAUAGCAGUCACCACAUUCCUUGUAGCUGUGUUCGUGCUGCUCUACUCCGCGCCUCAAUCUGAGAUAGACAUUCCGCUGGUUCGAGAUAGAGGCAGAAAACGAUUUAGGACGUCAACAUUCGUAUCGUAUUUAUUCAAUGCGAAUGAUAUCCUUCAAGAGGCAUACGACACGUAUCUGAAGCACGGCAAAACAUGUCGAGUCCCUGACAAGAGUCUGGGCACUAUGAUCCUAAUCCCAAACCGCUACAUGAAGUGGAUGCUAUCACAGCCAACGGGUGUGCUUAACUCGUACGAAGCCAUCGCGGAGAUCGUCCAGGCUAGAUGGACGCUUGGCGAUACACGUUACCUCUCAGACGAUUGGCAUCUUAACAUGCUCAGAGACGCUCUGCGACCAUUGAGCAAGUCUGGCAUUGUUGAGUUUCAGGAGGAAUUAGAGCGCAGUAUGGAAGAUGUCUUGGGCAAUGACCAUGUGAACUGGAAGGAUGUCAAUCCAACCAUAGCGACGAAGAGAAUCAUACUACAAGCCACCACGCGCUAUCUUGUUGGAUCACCUCUGUGCGCCGAUGAGCAGUUCCUCCGAUGGAUCUUGAUCUUCAUCGAAUGGAUCACUCCCGUCGGGGAGCUGCUGCGCCUGACGCCCCGAGGGUUGCGCUCGGUCGUCGGCCACAUUUUCUCCAUACCGCGUUUUAUAGUGAUCCAGAAGCUCAAGGCCAUCUUGCGGCCACAGUAUGAUAAGCGUCUCAGUUUCAUACGCUCUGGCCAGUCUCCCGAAGAUGGACCGCAAGAUCUCCUUCAGAUGAUGAUGCGGGAUCUGUACGAACGCAAUAGCACAGACCUAAACCUUCAUUUCAUCACUAUCAACGUCCUAGUCUUCGUCAUAGCCGCCGUUGUUCAGACCUAUAUGCUUGCGCCCAGCGUCCUAUACGAUAUUCUCGAGUCUAACGCCGAGUACAAUACAAUCUCCAAGCUUCAAGAGGAACUGGUCUGCGUACUUGGAGAGCCAGCCCAAGGCCAGCGCUGGUCCCAAAACGAGGCGAGGCAGAUGGCCAAACUUGACAGUGUUUUGCGCGAAUCUCUAAGGACCAACACCCUUGUCAGCCAAACCAUGCCGCGAAAGGUCAUGGUGGAUAGCCUACAGACGCCGGAUGGAAUCACGCUUCCUCGGGGCGCAACAGUGGCACUGCUCGCACGAGCCGCCCAGACUGACCCAGAUAUCUAUCCCAACCCGAACAAAUUCAUCCCUUUCCGCCAUGCCGUUCCAGGCGGGAAACAAUUCGCCGCCACGGGAGAGAAUUUCCUGGCUUUCGGGCACGCGAAGCACGCGUGCCCUGGACGGUUUCUCGUGUCUGUUGAGUUGAAAAUGUUGGUUGCACAUAUACUGAGACACUAUCACAUCGAGCUGCCGGCUGAGUACGGUGGUAAACGGCCAAAGGCAGUUUGGUUUACUGACUUGAAUUUACCGCCGCAGCAUGGAGUAAUCAGGGUGAAGAGAUGUGUAUAA